AUGAACGGUGAACUCGUGACAGUGAAAUUGAUUUUUAUAGAAGGUGAAGGAAAGUUAGUCGAUUGUGCAGCAAGGGUUCUCAGCAUGUCUCGUGCAGCAAGCAUGUCUCGUGACUCACUCAACAUUGAUGUCUACCAUAAAGAUGUACGUAACAUGGAUUUCAAGAAGUUCAAGACCUAUCUCCAAAAAUUGAUCAACAAUAGAUGUUGGGAUAUGUAUUACUGUCUUAAAAAUCGGUCCCUCGUAGAUGGGUUAAGGGAGCUCAGGGAUGAAGAUGAUUAUGUUAGGUUCCUUGAUGCUGGGUUUGAUGAUGAUGAUAAUCAAAUAAGUAUCUACAUUGAUGACCAUCAUGAACCCUUACUAGAUUGGAUUGAAGAAGAAAAAGCUGAAGAAUGGGAUAGUGGUACUGAAACAUAUGAAGAUGAUGUGGACUCGGUAUUAUCGUAUGAUCUAUCGGUGGACCAUGAAGCUGAUGAUGAGGACAUUUAA